CGUAGGCCGGGCCCGGCCCGGCCCCGGGUUCGCCGCUGCCCGCGGGCGGGGGCGCCCGGGCGGCCGGGGCGAUGCGCGUUCGCUGGCCCCGGGAAGCGGCCGCCCUGGGGCGGUCGGGAUGGAGGUGAGAAGCCGGCCGUGACGCGCGCCCGCGCGGUCCCCUGCACCCCCAGCAGCCCACAGCGCUCCCUGCCCCCCUCCCCCGCAGCGGCCGGCCUUGCCGUCCAGUGACAGCGGCCUGGGGGGGCAGGGGGGGCGGGGGCGGCCGGACCAGCGAUGCCGGCGGGCAUGACGAAGCAUGGCUCCCGCUCCACCAGCUCGCUGCCGCCCGAGCCCAUGGAGAUCGUACGUAGCAAGGCGUGCUCGAGGCGCGUCCGCCUCAACGUCGGGGGUCUGGCACACGAGGUUCUCUGGCGCACCCUGGACCGCCUGCCCCGCACGCGGCUGGGCAAGCUACGCGACUGCAACACGCACGACUCGCUGCUCGAGGUGUGCGACGACUACAGCCUCGACGACAACGAGUACUUCUUCGACCGCCAUCCAGGCGCCUUCACCUCCAUCCUCAACUUCUACCGCACUGGGCGGCUGCACAUGAUGGAGGAGAUGUGCGCGCUGAGCUUCAGCCAAGAGCUUGACUACUGGGGCAUCGACGAAAUCUACCUGGAGUCCUGCUGCCAAGCCCGUUACCACCAGAAGAAGGAGCAGAUGAACGAGGAGCUCAAGCGGGAGGCUGAGACCCUGCGGGAGCGAGAGGGGGAGGAGUUCGAUAACACGUGCUGCGCAGAGAAGAGGAAAAAGCUCUGGGACCUCCUGGAGAAGCCCAAUUCUUCCGUGGCUGCCAAGAUCCUUGCCAUAAUUUCCAUCAUGUUCAUCGUCCUCUCCACCAUUGCCCUGUCACUCAACACGCUGCCCGAGCUGCAGAGCCUUGACGAGUUCGGCCAGACCACAGACAACCCCCAGCUGGCCCAUGUGGAGGCCGUGUGCAUUGCAUGGUUCACCAUGGAGUACCUGCUGCGGUUCCUCUCCUCACCCAAGAAGUGGAAGUUCUUCAAGGGCCCGCUCAAUGCCAUUGACUUGUUGGCCAUCUUGCCAUACUAUGUCACCAUCUUCCUCACCGAAUCCAACAAGAGUGUGCUGCAGUUCCAGAACGUCCGUCGUGUGGUCCAGAUCUUCCGCAUCAUGCGUAUCCUCCGCAUCCUUAAGCUUGCACGCCACUCCACUGGCCUCCAGUCCUUGGGCUUCACCCUGCGGAGGAGCUACAAUGAGCUGGGCUUGCUCAUCCUCUUCCUUGCCAUGGGCAUCAUGAUCUUCUCCAGCCUUGUCUUCUUUGCUGAGAAGGAUGAGGAUGACACCAAGUUCAAAAGCAUCCCAGCCUCUUUCUGGUGGGCCACCAUCACCAUGACGACCGUUGGGUAUGGAGACAUCUACCCCAAGACUCUCCUGGGGAAGAUUGUUGGGGGGCUCUGCUGCAUUGCAGGGGUCCUGGUGAUUGCCCUUCCCAUCCCCAUCAUUGUCAAUAACUUCUCUGAGUUCUACAAGGAGCAGAAGAGGCAGGAGAAAGCAAUCAAGCGGAGAGAGGCUCUGGAAAGAGCCAAGAGGAAUGGCAGCAUCGUAUCCAUGAACAUGAAAGAUGCUUUUGCCCGGAGCAUCGAGAUGAUGGACAUCGUGGUUGAGAAAAAUGGAGACAAUAUGGGUAAGAAGGACAAAGUGCAAGAUAAUCACUUGUCUCCCAACAAAUGGAAAUGGACAAAGAGGACACUGUCUGAAACUAGCUCAAGUAAGUCCUUUGAAACCAAGGAGCAGGGAUCCCCUGAGAAGGCCAGAUCAUCUUCUAGUCCUCAGCACCUGAACGUCCAGCAGUUGGAAGACAUGUACAAUAAGAUGGCCAAGACCCAAUCUCAACCCAUCCUCAAUACCAAGGAGUCAACAACACAGAGCAAACCAAAGGAAGAACUUGAAAUGGAGAGUAUCCCCAGCCCUGUAGCCCCUCUGCCCACGCGUACAGAAGGGGUCAUUGACAUGCGAAGCAUGUCAAGCAUUGAUAGCUUCAUUAGCUGUGCCACAGACUUCCCUGAAGCCACCAGAUUCUCCCACAGCCCUUUGGCAUCACUUCCCAGCAAGACUGGGGGCAGCAUGGCCCCAGAGAUGGGCUGGCGGGGAGCUCUGGGUGCCAGUGGUGGUAGAUUUGUGGAGGCCAACCCCACCCCUGAUGCUAGCCAUCGCUCUACCUUCUUCAUUGAGAGCCCCAAGAGUUCUCUGAAGACAAACAACCCCCUGAAGCUCCGAGCACUUAAAGUCAACUUCAUGGAGGGGGAUCCCAGUCCACUAGUCCCCGUUCUGGGGUUGUACCAUGACCCUCUUAGGAACCGGGGGGGCGCUGCAGCUGCUGUCGCUGGACUGGAGUGUGCCACACUCUUGGACAGGCCUGUACUGAGUCCAGAGUCCUCCAUCUACACCACAGCAAGUGCUAGGACGCCCCCCCGAUCACCUGAGAAACACACAGCAAUAGCAUUCAACUUCGAAGCAGGUGUCCACCAGUACAUUGAUGCGGACACAGAUGAUGAGGGGCAGGUGCUCUACAGUGUAGAUUCCAGCCCUCCCAAGAGCGUCCACGUGAGCACCAGUCCCAAGUUCAGCGUUGGGACAAGAUCAGAGAAGAACCACUUUGAAAGCUCCCCCUUACCCACCUCCCCUAAGUUCUUAAGGCAGAACUGUAUUUACUCCACAGAAGCAUUGACUGGAAAAGGCCCCAGUGGCCAGGAAAAGUGCAAACUCGAGAACCACAUCUCCCCCGACGUCCGCGUGUUGCCGGGAGGAGGAGCCCAUGGAAGCACACGGGAUCAGAGCAUCUGAGCUACCCCACCUGCAACAGAGACUUGUGGCAAGACCCGAGAGGUGUGCCGUUCAGCUUCCCUGCCGCAGAGCUUUUCCGCACGAACUCAGAAAGGCUCUGCAAAGCCCCCAGACAGAAGCGAAACUCCAGGGGAGGCUCCCUAGGGCCUUGAGAGCCAUGAUAGGUAUGACCGAAUGAAGUCGGCCAAGCCACAGGAUGUGGCGUCUCCUUGUACCAAGUCCACUGCCCUCUUUGGGAGAUGACAUGGGCAGAACUCACAGCCACCACUACCACAUGCUGGACCUAACCAAGGCCACCUCCUCCCCACUCGUCUGUCACGGCUCUCCAUCACAGCCUCAGUGGUGGGGGGGGCAGCAUCUCGAUCCCUCCAGGCUUCAGCUGGAGAAGGAUGCCGGAACAAGUGGCUGGGUUGACCAAUUUGGUUUUGGGUGUUACCUGGCCACCUGUAGGAACUCCUGUCCAUCACCUCCUGGAUGGAUCCCACUGUUAGAAAGCUACAGAGGAUACUCGUGUCAUGGGGAAAUUUCCGCACCAUCAGCCGCGAUCCCAGCGCAAAACCCUUACUCAAAUGUCUUCAUUGACUUCAGUGUUCCAUAGUACCUGAGAUUUUAUUUUGAGAUAUCAUCAGGGUGAGUUGCACCACUUGUACUUGAUUCUAAUUGCCCCCUGGCAAUCUGGGAAGGGUUCAGACGGCAGGCACUCAGCCAACGGUAUGAACUGUGAGCGUUGCUUUAGGGUUGUUAGAAGGAAAACACUUUCUGUACAUCACCAGUGUAGACUCAAAAGAUAUGCAAGUGUCAAAUAUGCAAAAGAAAUAGCUUAUUCAAAGAGACUGUAUGUUACUGAAGAACAGAAUAAAAUCUGAUUUUUUUUUUUUACCUGCAAAAAUGAAAGGAAAAAAGAAAUCCCCAAUUGAAAUGCCCGAUUCAGACUUUUGAAUACUUCCUGCUGCAGCAGGGAAAGCAUCUACUAUAAUAGAAAUUCUUUUUUGUUUCCUGUGGUAUUCAAGUUUUAAAAAAAAAGUUAAAAUAAAAAGCACUUUAUGUUUUUCAAAAAUAGGUUCUACCAGGGACAGUGUCAACAUCUUGCACUUUAAAACAAGCACUAUUUCCCGUGGGCCACUUUUCGGGACUAUAGUUGGGUUGUUGGUCCGUGCCUGUGUCCGGCCACGGUGGGGGAUAUUGUGCUGGUAUUGCUGUCUGCCAUGUCAAGGUCUGUGGGCUCCUUCCCUGCCCCUCUGACGCUUCCCAUUAGGUCCCUUGCAAGGAAGGGUACUUGAGCUCUUGAGCGGGGCCUCUCACAGAGUCACGUGUACCAGAAGCAUGCACAUCUCAGAAGAAUACAGUAGACGGUGGGCAUUGGGCGUUUACUCUGUUCUCUUUCUUGUCAACCAGCUGUUGGUGUGUUUUCAGUGUCACUGUCUGUACCAAAACUCAGCUCUCCUUCCUGCAGCCAUCAAUGCAGCCAGUACAGACAAAAGCAAUAAGUAUUUGUGUGCAUUGUGAACGGUUCUGGUGUAUUUCUUGGUGUUGGUCUUCCUGUUCUAGUUUGACAACCUGGCGUUGGCCUGCAUGAGUUGGGUCCAACAGGAUGGAGUUGUUGGCCGUUCCUCGGUUCAGAAACAUUGGGUUGAGCCACUGGUUAGCAUGAUGCCAUGCUGUUGGCCCAUCUGUCAGUAAAGAUGACAUGUCGUUGAUCCGCCUGUCUUUAGUACAAUGGACCGAUGUCGUUCUCUUAAUACGACACUGAUGGGUGAUGCCCCACGUCCAGUAGUGUAGGUCUGCCAACCCACAAUCCAGUGACAGGCAUCCGUCUUCCUGAUGGAACCAACACGGCGUGGUUCGCCUGUCCUUCAUACAAGGUGUUACUGGUCUGCCUGUUGGUAUAAUGGCAUGAAUCCAUGCGUCAGUUCACAAAUAUCACGGAGCCGUUCCGCCUGCCCUCCGAACAGUGGCAUGGGGUUGAACCACCUGUCACAGGUAUGAUGACACGGAGUCAUUCCACCGCCCUUACAAGCACCUCUUCUCUGCUGAGCCCAUACCUGGUUCAUACCGCUUCUCAGCGUCUCCGAGGACUGUGGAUCCCUCCAAGAAGGUGCAGUCCUGUUCUUUGCCAUGUUGCCCAACAAGACAAUGCCGAAGUAUCCUGGCACUCCGAGGUAUCUUCAGAGCACCCUGGCAGCAACGGCAAAGGGCCCGGGAAGGUGUGCGGUCGUCCUGUGCUGGCGGCAUGCCAGAGAGAGGAGGCAGCAGCAGGCCCGAGCCCUUUUCGGGGCACACGGUGCGGGCUGGGGGCCUCCUGAGGAGCGGCCACCGGACAGUCGUCCCUGGGCCAUGUCAGCGCACGUGUCUCUUCCUUGUGUUUAUCACCAUUUCCGUCGGCCGUCAGCACAAACGUGAAAAUUCAGGGAAAACAAAUGCUUUUUGAUAAAAGUAAAUAGUUGUGAUUUCCGAUUCAGAUAUUUUUAGAGCUGAUGCUAUCUGUAAAAAUUAAUAACAAUAGAGUCUAUUUUACAUAUCAGGAAAGUGAACAUGUUUAAAUAUAGCCAUAUAUAGCGAGAAGGAACUUACCACCCCUUCUUCAAAUCAAGGCAUUUCAUUUGUUGGUUGAAGCAGAUGAGAAGUGUACAGAUUGGAUAUGACUUCUUUCUUUCUUUUAAACUAAUAACCAAUUGGUGCAACUCUCCUUGUAACCAAAGGCCCUUUCUGCCUUGUGUGGUCCCACAGGACCUGGCCCUCCCUUCCCCAUGUAGUUUGUCUGACCUUAAAGUAGCAUUUUAUUGAGUCACUUUUGAAGGACGAAUUCAGAAGUAUCAUUAAGAACCUACCUUUUCAGGCUUACUAGCCAGAGUCCUAUAGAGUUCUUAUAGAAACAGAAUAAUUGAAACUCAGCAUAUACUAUGCUUAGAAAGUAUUGCAUUUUGUUUUGUUUUUUUUUUCUUUUACUUGUGUAUGUAUUGUGGGAAUAUAGCUUUUAUCCUGUGCCCAACUCAAAAUAGAGUAUUGUAAGUUUUCCCAGGCCCCACCUGCCAAAAAUGAACAUUCCCCGAUGUUUAAUAUGUGUAUACUCCUACUAUACCUGUGUAUAUGCACUGGGAAAUCUACCUAAGAGUCUCCACUGAGAAGCUGACCUUGACAGAUCCUCAUAGAGGACAGGAAAGCAUGGUUUGGAGGCAAAUACCACUUUAACUCGGUGAUCCACGUCCCACCCAUUCCUGAACCAAUGAAAAUGGGAAAAAAAAAAAAAAAAAACAAGUCAACCCAAAGAAACCAAACUAGGGGCUGGAGCGGGUGAAUGCCUGGUCCCUUUGGUGAAUUUGGUGAAACUCGUCAAGAACCCAGCGGACCUUGGCUUCCAACUUCCACCAUUAUCAGUAAGGGCUAGGGACCAGGUCCCCGUGUGAUCGGGGUAGUCUGCGACCUGUGGAGAGAGGUGGGCGAGCUCUGGAGGAGUCGGCUUUUUCACUUUUUUUUUUUUUUUUUUUUAAUCUUUGGGUAAAGAAAAACAACAGGACUUCGGUGCAGUAGAUUUCUCAGUGCCUUCUUUAGGAAUUUUAUCUUAAGCACACUCAAUGGGGAAAGAAAAAAAGAAGACAGAACAUUUGUCUCCAUGAAGUCCCUUUCUCUAAAAGCACUGGGGAUCGAGAAGGACGAAGACUGGGGAACAGCAAAAUUCUGAGGAGGCCUUUCCUUUCAACUCACCCGGCUUGCCCCCGAGUAGUGCUGGUGAAAACAGACUUUGCCAAACUGAUUACCAGCUCUCCUCUACCACGUCUUGGUGACUGUAGCUUCACCCCUGCCCUUUCUCCUAAUAAGACCCACUCUUCUGAGGAGAAAAGCAACAACAACAACAGAAUUCUCUUCUUUAAAACUGUGAUGUAUUGAUGUUUGUAACUAUUGUACAUUUCUGUCUUGCUCACGGCUGGAGUGUCUAGUCCACGGACAAGGGGAAAUUGAAACUUCACCAUGGACAAGGGUUCACUAGAACCAGGUCUCUCUCUCUCUCUCUCUCUCUGUCUCACCUCCCUUUCCUUAUUUCUCUGCCAACUAGCCCCAAGUAACAUGACCCCAGGCUUCAGCCUCCAGUUAGGUUUUUGAAUCCAAUGAGAUUGAAGUGAUACGACUCUAGGGCAUGAUCCUUUGGGAGAGGGAGUCUUUGGGAGAUCCUUUUCCAGGGGCAGGAGGAAAGAAGGGGUCAGCUCUGCGGCCCCCGAGGGACAGGGGAGAGCCUCCAGCCCUGAGCCCAAGUUUCCCCGGCUUCCGGUUUCUCACCGCUUAUAUGACAGCAUGCAAAUGCUUUCACUCAGCCAGGGGGACCCAAACCAGCCUGGCUAUGCCCCCCAAAAUAAAAAUUACCUCUGCAUUUUCUGUUGCCACAUUUCUGGCUCUAGAAGUAUCCGAUGCAGGGCUACAUCGUAGGAUAUCCACAUAUCUCAGAGUAGUCUAUUUUUCUGUUCAGAUAAAAAGGAUAUAGGUGUAUGUGUGUGGUUAGCAAAUUUGUAAUAGGGCCAUUCAGUCUCAUUGCUUCUUUUGUAAUAUAGAAUAACAUCUUAGGAGUUUUAUGGUUGGUCAUUAUCAUAGCUGAUAUUUUCUGGUCUUUUUCAUUUCCUCCCAUUGCCCGUCGGGUUCUCUUUCUUCCUUUUGGACCUGACUUUCGGGGGGGUGGGGAAAGACUUCGGGCUCUGACUUCCUCAUGCAGGCAUUUCCUGACACUUGACCUAGAGUCUGUGGACACCGUUACUUUCCUCAUUCUGUGUGUUUCUCCUAUUUAUUGUUCUUAAGAUUCCAGGGCACGGGGGCAAGAGUGAGACCAGGAGAAGCAGGGCUACGGAUGGCCCUCAGAAUCCGAAUGGCAUGUGGGCUGGUUCAGCUCCUCCUCCCCCACCCCACUGGCAUUUUGAAGAGACUGAAUUUUCUCAUCCCCGGAGAUCUUGGGAGGGCAAAUCUCACGCAAGCAAACCUCCUGUUGAGGUCCAGAACGCACCCAAGCACCCUCUUGGCUGGCCUGUUGCCAUGUCCAGCGACCCACUCCCCUGUAACAUCAAUUGGAUCCGAAGGCCAGAGCAUUUUCAGGUUCUUGCGAAUCUCAGAGAACAUGCUGGGCCUCGGAUCUCAUCAACUUCUUACCUGUUCCUCAUUUUAAUCCCCACUUGCAGGAUCCUCACACACACACACACAAAAACCACAGUAGACAAGCUUGCAGCCAAACCCUGAGAAGAUGUGUCCCCUAGAAUGUGCCAUUGCAUCUCCCCCUCCCUUCCCAGCUGCCUGGCUCCAUAGCACCAGAGACUUGUGGCGAGGGCAAUGUUUAUCCAGCUACCACCUAUCCAGGCCCUGGGGAAUUUCUGGACUGUCCUGCUUAAUUCCACCAGGCAGCUUUCAGCCUCAGGUGGGCAGAGGACAUCUCAUGAAGCAGGAUCUUCAGCAGAAAGUGAUUCUCCACUCUUCAACUCAUGCAGGAAGAUGAAGAAAGGCCAGAUGAUCUCAGAUUGGCCUUCAUUUCUAGGUGUUCAUACCCCACCUGCCUCACUACCAGCUUCAGGACUCUGGCCUCUGCCCAGAUCAGAGUUUUGAGCUGAAUCCGGACCCCCAUGGCAGUGAACCAUCCCUUCGAUAAACCCCAAGAGGAAACCAAUCCAAGGACGAAUGUAUUAUUCUGGACUAUGCCCCUCAUCAGUUUUCCCACCCCCAAAAUUCCCGGUAAUCUGGUUUGAACAAGAGCCAAAUAAAACAGACGAGAUUUUUUAAACACUUUGCACAAGAACAAAACAAAAUUGUCUCCCAGUAGUUUGCCAGGUUUGAUGCCCAGACAAGCAAAUAACUCUAUUCUGUGGCUGGUUUCAUCUAGAGAGAGACUGGGAAGUUUGGGUUUCUAUCCACUGCCCCUGCUUUUGUCUUAACCUGGAAUUUCUCCUGAACAUCCCCAAAUGCCAACUUAAAGAAGUGGAUUCGGAAGGGGCUCUGGUGAAUCCAGCGGUCCCUCGUCUUUCUUUCCCCUCCAGUUCUAAUUCUCCAUUCCUCUCUGCAAAGAUCCUGAAAAGAUCUUCUAAAGGCUGGCCAGGAUGGGGAAAGGGAAGGCUGGCCAGGAUGGGGAAAGGGGCCGUUCUCCUGAAGAAGAAACCACAUGCCUGCAGUGGUGAAAGCCUCUCUUGCCUGAGAGAAACAAAGUGGUCAAUUUCAGCUCAAAUUAAAGAAGUGAUUCUCAUGGGCGGGGCUGCCUCACCAUGGAAUUCGGUACCUGGUUGGGGGAAUGAGCUGCUUAAAAAGAAGCUAGAUGAUGCACAAAAUGGAUGUUGCAGAGGGACCCUCACACUGCAGGGCCACUGGACUGAACAACCAGGGAAAUCCGCCCCCUCCCCCAGGGAGGUGUGUAUGUGGUUUGGACAUCUGGGCGCAGGCUCAAGGCAUUGAGGCAAAAGCAGGGAGGACAGUGAGCAGGAACUCAAAUUCUAGGAUUCGGAGUUUUCCGCGGGGGUGCCAGGGAGGGAAGUGGCAGCAGGAUACCCUGCUUCCCCUCUGCUUCCUAUCUUGGGCAAUUUUAAUGACCCUGCCAAUCUCUCAUCUAACCCAUCCCCAGUGCCCUCACAGGCACCACACUGGGUGGGAUGAGGCUUAUGCUACCCUCCCCAGACCAGCCAAGGAACAGUCCCAGCUCUGGCUGGUCAUCUCAUGGUGCUUCAGUUCUUCUGCCCAGACCCUGUGCCCUCCUAGGCCUGAGGCUUUCUGUACAAGAGAUGCAAUUAUCUUUUAUCUACUAGCCAGCCAUCAAACUGCCCAGGCAAUAGCAAAUGGCACCAUUCCAAAAGGGCUUUUUUUUUUCCUUCUGGCAAAUAAAACAGAAAAAUCCCAUUCAAGACAUUGGAAAAGCCCCACCCAGUGAAGUAAGUCCAGAAGGACCAAAAGAGAGAGGCAGCUGGAAUCCAAUUUUGCAGCCAAACAAGGCUUCGGCUGCCCAGUCUCCCACAUCCAUAGCCCCUUCCCGAGUGGGUCUGGAUACUGCAUCCUCCAAGGAGAGCAUUUGACACAAGAGGAUUUAAAAUCCCCCUCCCCCUAAUUGUGUAUAGUGGGUUUGGAGGAGGUGGGGCUUCAUCCUCAGGGCGACCCCAAGUCCAGGCAGUUGUAGGUGGUUUUAUUAUGAAGUGAGGCAGAACGAUAGGAUUGCAUGGAUAGACUGAGCAGCUACUUUCCCCAAAAACACAGUGAAACAAAAAUCCAGUUCCCAAGAUCCCCCCUUUGAGGCUCUGUCCUGCAGAAAUAUCUCAAGUUAGUGGCUACCAUGGCAUGACAUAUUCCGGAAAAUGAAGGAAACUCCCAAUUCUGUCUCAUUGAGAUGCUCUCAAGGGUCCUGCAUGGAUCAUCCCACACUUCUUGCCUCCCUGAGCUAAUCCAGGUUUGGAAAACAAGGAGGGAAGCACAGGAGAAGAUGCCCAAGAGAUUCAGGCUUCUCCAUGGCUUUGGCUUGUGGCCCCCUGGUCUUCACUAGGGUUUUGGGCUCUCCCUUAGAUAGGCUUGACAUUGAAGCUCCAUGUGCCUAAUGCGUGGGGAAGAGGAAGAUCAGCAGCUGCUGGGCUGGGGGCAGCUGCGCUGUUUGCUCUCCAGACCUAUCCAGGCUUCAGUCCAAGGCCAAGGGCUGGCAACAUCAUUUUAUGUGCCAGGAACUCGGGGUUAUCCCCCAGUGUAUGCCCAUGGCACAUAUUGGGCAACCAACCUGUGUUCUUUUGAGUGAGUGAAUGUGUAAAUGAUUGACUUGUGAGUGAGUGAAUACAGGAGUUCAUCGGUUCUUACCUGGCUUGAGGUAUUGCUAACUGGGAAGGAAGGAGAAAUGGGGGACCCCUCCCAUUAAAGCCUGUAAGCCCCACCAAUGCCAUUUGGGCUUUGACUCAGCUGGGGGCCAAGAUCAUGUCCAAAUUUGACAAUUGUCUGCCCUAAGGGCCUCAGUCUUCUCAGAGCAACACUUCCAGGGGCCCCACAGGGAGCCCCAGGCUCCUUCCUACUCUCCUAUUCUGCAUUUUCAGCCUCAUGUUCUAGUUUAGCUCACAGAGAAGGGAUUUGCUGGGGGCAGGAAUUUGGGAGCUGACAUCUGGAAACUGGAUUGCGUUCCCUGAGCCAUAGGAGUCCAGCUGGAAAAGAGGGCCAACCUUCCCUCCAACUUUGAGAGCCAAUGGUCUUCCUUUUUUCUGAGCCCCAGUGUCCCCCAAGGUAGCAUGUUGCCCCAAUUCCAUUAGCUCUAAGACCCUCUGUCUCUCCCAGGAACCAUGGUGUGAGGCUGAGGCUUUUCUGCCAGCAAAGCCAUUCUGAUCACCCCACCCAUGUUGGGGGCCAAGCCAAUCACAUUAGCCAUAAAUGACCAAUGUCCUUAGCCACCUUUUCUCGGGGUCGCAUUUGUGGGUCCUGUUCAUCUCUGGUCAGUUGAUGUCUCUAGUCCUUCCUGUAAAAGUGAAAAUGAGCAUUGUGUGUGUGUAUGCACACACACACACACACACACACCACAUACACACAAAAACCAAACGACAAAAUACCUGUCUUUUUAUGCAUGUGAUGAGAUGAAAUUGUGACCUCCAGCUGCUGUCCUGUCUUGUAAAAUAUGUCCAAACGUUCAAGAAUUUCUAAGCAAAUGGUCCUUUAAUGAAGUAUGCACAGUUCAAUAAAAAGGUAUGGAGAAAACGA